AUGUCUUCCCUCGAAAUACAAAGCACAGAUAACGCCAUCUAUGACAAACCCUUCAAGGAGCAAAUGCGCGUCGGUUUCAAGGACAUGGGUAAGCGAUCCUACUCAACAGCCAAGAACUUCGCCGUUGUUGGUGCCAUUUUCGCAGGUUCAGAAUGUUGCAUUGAAGGGUACCGAGCAAAGAAUGAUUUAUACAACUCUGCAGGUGCGGGCUGUUUCACAGGCGCUGUCUUGGGAGCAAAAGCAGGGCCGCAGGCGGCGUUGUUUGGGUGUGCUGGGUUUGCUGCCUUUUCAACAGCCAUUGACGCGUACAUGAAGUCCGACUGA